CUCGAGAAUGAGCUGGACGUGGAUGACGACAGCCUUGAAGAGAUUAUUGAGAAGCUCAACUUUUACACCUGGAUAGAGUUUAAUCUUGACGACAGCGCGAUGGCGCACCAACACAACCAGUCGGUUUUUGAUUUGACGGCAGGGAAAAACAUCACCUGCCUUGUGAACCGCGCCCACAUAUCGCGAAAGAAAGGCGAUGAAGUGCGGGCUGAGCAGUGUCUAGCGCAAGCUGAAAAAUUACGAAUCGGAUCCGAUGGUGAAAAACUGAUGACGGAAGUGGACGCUGAACUAGCGUACUCCCUGAGUAGGUUAAGCGGUGCUGAAUAUCUUAACCGCGCCAUUGAACUGUACACCGAGGUUGUAGCGAAGCAGCCUCAUUGCUACGCUUGGAAAUUUGGACUAGGUUUACUACACAGACGAGCCACCCAUAGAAAUGUAUUUUGCUCC